AUGGCCUCGCCAAGAAUAUCAUCAGUUUCAACAGGAAGAGAAUCUCCAAAUCCUACAUCAUUUAAUGAUCCUUUUCUAUUUGAUGAACAAAAAAUUGCAUAUAAUGCAGCAAAUCCUGAAAAACAAGAAUUAUAUGUUUUUAAUUGGUUAGCUAAUUUAGAAAGAGAGCUCAAAAAAACUGAUAAGGAUUCACUAAAACAAUGCCAAACAAAUCUCGAGAAACAAUUAUUAAAAUUUAUAUCGUCAGUAGCGCCAAAACCACAUAGACCUAUUAGACAACUCGUAGCAAGAAUUUUUGUUAUUAUAUAUAUUAAAGGAGAAUCUAGAACUUUAUUUGAUACUAUUACAGCACUUCAGAGUUUAGUUGGUGCAGGUAAAAAUGUAGGAGAAAAAGAAACUAAAUUAGCUGCUUUACAUUGUAUCGGUAUAAUUUUAAAAUCUUUAGGUGAUAGAAUGUUAUCCCUAUUUCCUGAAACUAUUAAUAUUUGUUUGAAAACGAUCAAGAAUUCGUCUAAUGCAUUGAUUGUUAGAUUAGAAGCUAUUUAUACGAUAAGUAAAUCUCUUGAAGGAGCAGGUAAAGGUGCAACAGAAUCUAUAAUAAAAGAUAUAAUGAAGCAAAUGAAAUCCGGGUUAGGCGAUAAGGCAUUGAUAAUUAAGGUUGCCUCAGUACAGUGCAUGCAUGCUGUGGCAAAGUAUACACAUCAACAAUAUCCAAUUUCAGCUAAUGAACUAGAUAAUUUACUUAACCAAAUGGUUAAAUUACUUGAUGGAUCUAAUCAAACAAUUCGUCGAUCAGUUUCUUCAUAUAUUGCAACAUUAUUAGCAGGUACGCAGAAUGAAGUUGACUUUUUGGCAACAACAACUUCAUCGUCAUCUUCAAAGAAUAAAUCAUCCACCACGUCAAAUAAUUCAUCAUCACAAACAUCAGGUGGUGGAAGUCCAACAUUAAGCUCACAGCAGGAUUCAUCAUCAGCCAAAGUGAUAUUAUCUGUAGAGGAAAUGCUAACACAUUUAUCAACAAUUUAUAAUAAACAAUCAACUACAAAAGAAAUGAGAGCAGCAAUAAUAGAAUCAUAUUCGGCAUUAUUUCUACAAUUAGGUACAAAAUAUGUUGAAUUAAAUUAUUCAUUUAUCGCACAACAUUUAUUAAAAGAUCUUGUAUCACAUCCAAGAAAUUCAUCAUCACGUUAUGAAGCACUUAAUGUUCGAGAACAUUGUGAGUUAUUAUUACGUGAUGUUAUUGGAACGAGAUUAUUAAGUGAACAAGGGCAAGUUACUGCGGUACGAGAAUUGGCUAAUGGAUGGUUAAAACAGUGGCCAGCAUUAAUGACAAAUCAAGUUGAACCAUCAAAAUUAUCACUUGUAUGUGCAGUAAAUGAAAUAUCCGGAUUAUUAUUGGAUUUAGGAGGAGCGGCAAGUACAGUGUACGAUGUAGUUGUAGAUCCGUUAGUUUUAUUAUUAAGUCAUACGAGUUAUUCGGUGCAAAUAGUAACAGCAUGGUGUCUUAGAUGUUUAUGUUAUUCAUUACCAAUCAAAUUAUCAGGAUUAAUUACAAGAGUACACGGAUUACUCAAUAAAGAUCUAAAUAAUUUAGCGAAUCAAUUAUCAACAAUAGAUUUAUCAAAGAGAACAAUUGGAUACGCAUAUGGGUUAGCAGCAUUAUUAAGUGUCAUACCAAGCAGACCAUUAAAUGUACCAUUUGAAUUAAGUGCAAAAAUAUUCUCAUUAUCAACGCAUCUAAUUAAAACAAGCGCAAACAAAGAUUUGGCAAUUGCAAGUAUACAAAUACAAGUAGGUUGGAUAUUAAUCGGAUCGUUAAUGACACUAGGGCCUAAUUUUGUUACAUUACAUUUACCACAGUUGUUAAUAUUAUGGAAAACAGCAUUACCUAAAUCAACCAAUAGUAAAGAAUCAGUAUCAAAUCGAACUGAAAACGAAUGGGCAUUUAUGUUUCACGUAAGAGAAUGUGUAUUAGGAGCGAUGUUAAGUUUUCUAUUACAUAAUUCUAAAUUAGUUACAAUAGAUAUAUCAAAAAGAUUAGUAGCAUUAUUAAGUAAUGCAUUAACAUUUAUUUCGUUAGUACCAAAUUCCUUUUCGAAUAAUCCUACACCAAAUUCGUCUGUUACGUCAAUAACACCACAAUUACCAUUUUCUACUUCUUUAAAAUUUUCGGAUAGAGAAAAUAUGUUAAAAAGAAGAAUUUUUCAAUGCUUUGUGGCCUUAAGACCGAUUAGUGUAUAUGAUAAUUUAAUUACACAAUUAUUGAAAUUAAGCGUAACACAAUUUGCGGAUCCCGAAAAAAAUGUGGGUAGCGCUAUUACAGCAGCCAUUGUAGCAGCAGUUUCAGGAAAUUUUACCAGUGUAUGGACAACAGGAGACGAAUAUGCAUAUGGAGUGACCAGUAGAUUGCAAGGAAUGAAUAUAGAUAUCGCUAAUUUAAUAGAUGAUGAUGAAGAAAAAAGUGAUAGUAGGAAAAUAGGUGUGAGAGAUUGGUUAAAUAGAGAUUUAGUAGAAAGUAGAGUAGAGAAUCAAUUAGAACAACCAAUUAUUGGGGCACCUGAACACGAUCCAUUAAUGAUUUAUACCACUUAUUGGAUCGGAAGCAUUAUAAUGGAUAUGUUACAAGAAUCAAUCACGCAUCCGGAUCCAUAUUUAAGAAAUGCGGCAAGUGAGACAUUAGGAAGACUAUUGAGUACCGUUGGUGGUAAUUUGGUUACCACGCAAAUGCAACUGUUGGUAGAUCAGGUGGUAAAUAAUAGAGAACCAGACACUCGAGCGGGUAGCGCAUUAGCGCUUGGAUGUAUUUAUAGUCACGUGGGCGGAAUGGCGGCUGGUGGUCAUUUGAAAACAUUGGUUGGUAUAUUAUUAUCAUUAAGUAGUGAUCCUCAUCCCGUUGUACAUUUUUGGGCAUUAUACGCGUUAUCACAAAUAAUCGAGUCUGCCGGAUUAAUGUUUUCGCAAUAUGUCAGCAGCACUCUUGGUAUCAUUGCCAAAUUAUAUAUGUCAGAUACUCAUGAACCAGGUGGUGGAAGCGUAGGAACAACUAACGUUGGAUUAGGGUUUUCUGCUUAUCAACAAUUUGGUAAAAUUAUAUUUGGAUUAAUUGGUACAUUAGGUCCUGAAUUACAAUCCAGCACCAAAAUACGAAACUUGUGUUUAAAUUUAAUGAUCGAGUUAAGAAAUGAUGAAGAAGAAAUGGUGGUGGUGGAAUCAAUUAGAUGUUUACAACAUUUUAUCAUGUUCGCUCAGCAAUUUAUUGAUUUACCUAGAUUGGUAGCAUUCUUGCAAUUUCAAUUAAGCAGUAAACAUUUACCAUUAAAAGAAGUUGCUGUUACAUGUUUGUAUCAAUUGGUGCAAAAGAAUGCUAAACAUGUAUUUGAAGUUUCCGUACCUGGUUUGGAUAAUCAAUUAUUUAGUUUAUUGGAUACUGAUCCAACUAUUGAUGGUGUUAAAGAUAUUGUAAAAAGUUGGUUAAAUCAAACGGCGAUAGAUAAUCCUUCUAUUUGGGUUGAAUUAUGUAGAAAAGUAAUGUCGAAAACCGGUAGUGUCGCAAGUGCUGGCGCUCCCAUCGAACCCCCUUCUUUGGAUAUUUCUAGUAAUGAUGAUUUAGAUGGUAUUAACAAUGAAAAUGAUUUAAAUGAUGAUGAUGGUGAAGAAGUCGUCGAGAGUUUCGAUUUUAGAGAAAGAGCUAACGCUGUUAAUAGGGAAUUAGAAAAGAAUACUAAAUUAAUACAAGAUUCUGUACAAAUUCCACCUAGGUGGCGUACUCAAUUAUUUGCGUUACAAUGUUUACAUCAAGUUGUUGAAGUUAUUAGUAAUUCUGGAGACAAAGAUCAUUUUGAUCUAUCUAUUGCAAAGAAGAAGGGUGCAAACGGUAAAGAUUAUUUAGUAUUAAGAGUACAAGAAUUAAUCAAAAUGGCAUUUACUGCUAGUACCGCCGUUGUUGGUGAAAUGAGAUUAGAAGGAUUGACCGUAUUAAGAGAUGUGAUUGAGAAAUUUGCUGCAACACCUGAUCCAGAUUUUGUAGAGGCUGCUCUUUUGGAACAAUAUCAGGCUCAAAUAGGAGCGGCACUUACUCCAGCGUUUACAGCUGAAUCUUCACCAGAAAUUUUGUCAGCUGCUGUAAAAGUAUGUGCUGUAUUUGUUGGUAGUGGUAUCGUGAAAGAAUUAUAUCGUAUGGGUCGCAUUUUAAAGUUAUUAACUACCGCUUUGGAAAAUUGUAAAGAUAAUGCUAACGUUACUGCUGUUGGUGACAUUAAAGAUUUAAGCCCUCAUGCUGCUAUUAUGGUUAAAUUAUCCGUAUUAAAUGCGUGGGCUGAAUUACAAGUUUCUAGCAUUAAACAAUCUUAUUUAAUACAAGUAGUUGAACCAAAUUUGUCAUUAUUAUGUCCUUUGUGGGUAUCAGCAUUAAAAGAGUAUGCAAGGGUUCAAGUUGAACCUGACAUAGCCGAAGCACAAAUUAAUAUAAUCGGGAGCGGAGGAAAUGGGGGAAAUGUUGGCCGUUCAUUUCUUUCACCUACACAAACUGAAGUAUUCGAUUCAAUGUAUAGUGGAUUAACAAGAGAAGUUAUUCUUCCGUAUUAUAAUAGAUCUUGGUUGACUAUAUUAGGAGCCGUUGCUAGUUUAGUGGAUAGUGGCAAUCCAUUAAUUAUUAAUGCAUUAAACGGAAAAGAUCUUUCAUCAACCACAAGUGAUGUAAAAGACGACGAACAGCAGCAUGAUAAAUUUACAAAUUUUGGUAAUGACUUAUCGUCAUUUGAGGAUUUCACGGAAUUUACUUCCACCACCAUCACUUCCACCGCAAAAGCAGCAAAAUAUUUUUUUAUAUUGUUUGGACUUUGUGUGGAAGCAUUAUCAAAGACAUUUGGAGGUGGUAGAAGAUCGAGCGGAUUGAUCGGUAGUGUUAAUUCAAGUGGAGAUAAAUCUAAUGUUACAAGUGAAAACGAUAAAGUUGUUAAAACUUGUAUUAAUGCUUUAAAAGCUUUUCUUAGACCUAUUAUUUCUGGUGAUAUAUUCUUAGAAAGAACAAUAUUUAUUGAAUUAAUUAGCUUAUUUGAUAGGUUAGUUCUAACUGAAGGAUUUGAAGUACAACAUGAUAUUAUACAAACUAUCACUAAUAUUAUUAAUGAUUAUGGAAGUACUUUUAUCUGUGAUGAUUUAUUAACUAUGGAAAAUAAAAGAAGUACAACAAUUAAUGUGAAUUUGGAAAAUGAUUCUACUAUGAAUAAUGAUGAAAAUAAAUCACAAACCAUAUUAUUUUACAUGUUAAGGUUACUUGUUAACAUAUUUUUUCAAAAAAUUCCUUCACUUUCUGCAAGACCCAAUUCCCUAAGGAUAUUUAGACCUCCCCAAGGAAAUGCUAGAGGACAAACGUCUCAACAAAUUAAUACUGUAUUAAAAGCAUCAUUAGAAGCUUUUACUUCACUUAUUACCAUUAUACCGAUUAAAUAUAAAAACGAUUUGAUUGCUAUAACAUUUUAUGUAUUUAUAACCUUAAUUCAAGAUCCUAAAUUUCAACAAAAUGAUGUGACACAAAAUGUAUUAUAUAAUAUAAAACUAUUAUGUAACGGAGGAAACUUGGAGUGUUCUUUUAAUGAUGAUGGAAAGGAUUUUCAAAAUUUUUCUAAAAUUAUCCAUUCUUCCAUUUGGUCUAUUUUAACUAAAAUGAAUUCUUUACUAACGAGUGCGGAGAGAGAAUAUAGUGAUGAUGAUGUAUCAAUAAUAAAAAAUAAUUUAUUGGCUUCAGUAUUAUUUUUUACUUGUAAUCCUAAAUCCUGUUUAACGUCUAAAGGAUUGCAAAAUGAAUUUGUUAAGAUAAUAACAAAUGGGUUUCAAUCUAGUAAUACUACGGUUGCUGUAACUUCAUUACAAUGUAUUCGGACUCUAAUAUUACUUUCAACCAAUUCGGAAAGCGACACGAUUACAGCAAAGGCUUCAACGGAGAUUAGUUAUAAUUUUAUUAAGGCGCUAAUACCACAAUUAAUAAUUUUUUUACAAAAUUCAAAGUUGGAACAAAGCGAUGAUAAACUUGAUAUUGUUGAAGAAGUUAUUAAAACUUUAUUAACGGUGAACACUGUAGCUAACGAUUCUCACAGAUCGCUUGUUAUUGCAGUUACGUUACCAACAUUAAUUAAUCUUUUAGAAGAUGCACCAUUAGAAUCAUUUAAUCAACUUCCAAAAUUACAUUUAAUUUCAGUUAAACAUGUUCUUUCAUUGGCUGCUACUAAUCCAUUAAAUUUUAAAGAAGCAUUAGUCACAUUAUCACCUCAGCUUAAAUCUAAAUUAGAAAAUGCUAUAAGAUAUAAUGUAUUACAAGAACAAGCUGUUCAACAACGGUUACAAAUAGAAAGAGAAAGGAAGGCCAAUGAACAAUUGGAAUUAAGCAAAGGACCUAGCAUUAGUUUGAAAAAUGAUUUUUCUGGGUUUGCUUGA